CUGAGCUAUUACUGACGACAGUGUCGCUUUUUUCCCGUUAUUUUAAAUUACAAGGUCUCCUUUUUUUCUCUUUCUCUCUUUUCUUCUUAAAAAAGCUACUUUUGAAGAUGGCUGAGCUCCAACGCUAUCUUGUCACCCUUAGUUGCAUGCGAUUGUCUCGAUUGUUUAGAACUUUUAAUUUUUAAUCUGCUUUGUUCUUAGAUUUUCCGAGCAGCGGCCGUAGAUAAAUGGAAAAAUUGAUUUUAGAGCAAAAAGAUGCAGUUGAUUGGGUCUAUAGAGGAGAAGGAGCUGCUAAUCUUGUUCUCGCUUACACUGGAUCAUCUCCAGCAUUUAUUGGGAAAGUGAUGCGAAUUCAAAAGUCACAACGGAACGGCAAAAAUGAAGUGAAGGGAAACGGAGCUUUAACAAAGCAUGAACAGCUUGUUUGGCAAGAAAAUGAGGUGCUAAUGGCGUCGCCAAACAACGAGAUUGUAGAUCACCUUUACGUCAAGCAUGUCAUGUGCCCAUUGUUAGGCCCAAAAAAUGUUGAUGCCGGGCUACGUGUUCUUGUAGCUAAGGAAUUCCUUGAGUUUGUUGACAAGAAUGUGACUUGUCACCGGCCUGCUUGGCGAGUUGAUUCAUCACAGGUUGAUAUGAAUCGUGAUUCCGUGCUAAUCAUGUCAGAUCAUUCAAUCUUUCCUAAUGGUACUCUUAAAGGUGGACCAUGUAUAACUGUUGAGAUAAAGCCCAAAUGUGGAUUUCUCCCAAUUUCAAGAUUCAUUGCUGAAGAAAAUGCUGUUAAAAGAACCAUAACUCGGUUUAAAAUGCACCAAGCACUGAAGUUGCAUAAUCAAGAGAUAUCAGAAUAUAGUGAAUAUAAUCCACUGGAUCUAUUCUCUGGAUCCAGAGACAGGAUAUGUAAAGCCAUCGAAGCCCUAUAUGCCACCCCUCAGAACAACUUCCGCGUAUUUUUGAAUGGUUCUCUUGUAUUUGGGGGCUUGGGCAGUGGCACAGACUGCAGUACUAUUCUGGUUGGUGAGGCCUUUGAAAAUGCACUUAAGAAUGUCAUUCAAGCAGAUAAUGGCCUGCGCACAACUAGUUUUAUACAGCUUGUUGCUGAGACAGUUUAUACUUCCGGAGUAUUAGAUCAACUUCUUGAAGUUCAGAAGCUCGAUGCUUAUGACAUUGAAGGGGCAAUUCAUGCUUAUUAUAACAUAAUUUCUCAACCUUGCAUGGUUUGUAGAGAGUUGAGUAAAGACAAAUUAUCACACCUUUAUACCCCUUUGCACUCCAUUCCAUUGGAUGAAAGCUUGAAGAUUGUGAAGGGCUAUUUGAUAGCUGCAAGUGCAAAGGACUGUAGUUUGAUGAUUAGUUUUAGACCAAAGGAAAAUGAUGAUUUACUAUCAAGAACUUCUUACAGUACUGUAUAUCUAGGAUCAACUAACCAAGUUUUUGAGUACAAGGUGCAUUUCAUUGAUCUGGAUUUGAAACCUUUAAAGAAAAUGGAGUACUAUUACGAGUUAGAUAAGAAGAUCGUUAAUUGCUAUUCUCAGACUGUGAAAACUGAGCGUGAAGCAGAUAAUGCUGUUAAUGGACGCCCAUGGAAGAGUAUUGAGAUGAAAGAUAUGCCUUAGAAGACAGUUUGUAUGCUGACGAUUGUACUGAAAUUGAAUGGUCCUCUACUUUCACAGCCGUUGCAUAUUCUCUGAUUUAUAGUCAGAUUCAUCUAUGUGAGGGACUACUUGUUGGAAGGAGUUUAAUCCUUUACCAUUUUGUUGUACAAUUGUCCAGUGUAAUGUGGACUGCCUUGAAAUCAUAAAAACCAUGUGCGUAACUCUGUUACUCGAUGUCCAGUUUGUCUUACUCUUACCAGAGAUUUGUUACUUGAUAAUUUACCAAAAACAUUACUCCUAUACUUUGUUCUUUCUAGUCUACAAAUAAUCUCUCUCAUGAUUUUUUAAGAUAUAAUAUUUACCAAAAAUUCUUUUCUGCUUUUCAAGUAUUAAGUUGUCAAUAAUCAUCUAUGCUGGGGUUAUGCUAGACCUUCUUGCAACUGAACUUCAAACUUUUCCUUUGGAUCUCUCUUAUUUGCAAGUAUUGUGGAGAAAGAUGAUUAUCCAUACUUGAAAGAGUUAAUUCAUUUUAAUUCUUGCAAUGUUAUAUUAUUGUAAUGCUACUAUUCAUGCAUGUCUCAUCUGGUUUCUGAGGGAGAGCUGGUUAAUAUUCCACUUCUAGUGGGAGAUUGCUUAACAGGAGAGAAAAUGAGAAAAUGACAGACCACUAGGGUUUGGACUAACAGGGAAAAUGAUGUAUCAACUACUCACUGCCAUUUUAUCUUGAGCCCACAUGGCCAAUUAAUUCAUACAGCUGGAUAUUGAAUUUACUGUUUUUAGUGGAAACUUUGAUGGUAUUUUAUGGUGAUGAAAAUUGAAGUUAUUAGCAGAUUUUCUUAACUAUACUCUUGCUUUAAAGCUUAUUAAAGCAUAAUUUUUGUGUGAAAGCCUUACUAAUGAAUUCCGUUUUUUAUUUCCUUCUUAAGCCUGAUUAAUGAAUUCCACUCUUUAUUUUCUUCUUAAUCCUGACCAAUUUGUGUAAUGUUUGCAUGUGAAGUAAUUUAACAUGAUAAACUUCUUAGAACAGCAGCUUGCAUUAUGCAUGGAAAGGACAUUAAGAGCAUGUAAAGGAGUCAUUUUUUUUCAGAUUACAGUAAUGUUUGCAUCCAUUUUUCAUCAACAAAGUGGUGCUUCUUUGUAGACAGAAUGAAGCUCUGUUGUCUUUUUGAUUAUGUGUUAAUAUUCUGUGCGAGGUUUGCAUGGUCCAUGAUAUCCUCAGCCAUAAGCCUGUAACUCAAACAAGAAUUUGAGUUGAAGAUAUGACCUCUUGGUGAAAGAUCUACAAUGUUUUGGGGCCUAGCAUAUGUGCGAAAUCAGAAUGAUUCUGACUCCUCUUUGUUCGAAGUUUCAUGCUUUCUGAAAUUAUUCCCCUUUGGGUAGUUUGUGAUGAAGUUUUGUAGACCUUUAAGAGCUGGAGAGCUGGAGGUGCCACUUCUAAAAUGCUUGGACCAUUGGAGGGAGGCCCUCUGGCUCCCACAGUUUUAUAUCUGCAAUUUCGCCACAUUUUUGGCUUGCCAGGUAUAGGUUCAAUAUUCCAUGUUAUUAUAGUUUCAGAUGAUUCCAGACUUUCUUAUAAGAAGACAUUUCAAUGCUUCAGAGUUUUUUCUUAGCAUUCUUUGCCUUCUUUAUUUGAGUCCCCUGCCUGUCUAACAAUGAUAUAUGCUUCUUUUUUUUUCAUUAAUUUAUUUUCCCACAGUAAUAGGGUAUAAGAUCAAAACCUAAAGUUACUAACGUUUGAUUAGGAUAAAACAACUUCCUGAUUCUGGUCUCAGUUUCAAUAGCUUAAUUAGAAACUUUAACCUUUGGGCUUCAACGCUGAAUGUCCAUCUCUGCUGCAGAGCAAAUUAUACUAAAGAAUCAGCUAGUUUUGAGACUGUCAAGAAGGUUUGCUUGUAUCUUGUUGGUAAAUUUCUCUUCCCAUUAUAAUCUCUAGGCCUUUUAAAGUUGAAGGCUUGAGUAAAAAUGGACCUAAAUGAUUGGUAUAACUGUAUAACUGUGAGUUUUACCAUUCAGCUUGACCCACUACUGACACACACACACACACACAGACAAAUACACAAACUCACUCUCGCCUGUUCUCCUCGAGGAGAUACACACACAGGUAAGCUAAAGUUGUACUGGAAAACUCAAGGUCA